AUGGCUUCUUAUGAGCAUUAUCCAACAUCUGAACCAGCCAACCUAGAAAUUGAGUCUACCUUACAAGUAGAAACCAUUAAUUAUCCAUUGCCUGCGAUUACAAAUCCAAAUAAGGAGGAUGCCUUUUUGACAUGGACGGACUUGUGGGUGAAGUCUACACUUCUUGAUGCACUGGCAGGGUUGUCUCAACUUCAUAUGCUCACUAGGCGAUCUUUUGUGAAUAUGAAUCGCGAUCUAGGCUACUAUUGGCUGCGUUUUGUUAUCUAUAUUGGGUUGGAUGUUGGUCUUGGAAUUAUUUUUUACAAUUUAGGCUCUAGCUAUGGUUCAAUUCGGGCUAGAGGUUCAUUUCUAAUGUUUACGUCUUCGCUCCUGACAUUCAUGAUCAACGGUGGAUUCCCUUCCUUUGUGGAGGACAUGAAAGUAUUUCUACAAGAAAGGCUAAAUGGGCACUAUGGAGUCACUGCAUUUGUAGUUGGCAAUACAAUACCAUCCUCGCCUUACUUGAUCGUCAUAUCCGCGAUGCCCGGCGCGAUAGCAAGCAUAGUCUUCAACUUCCUAAUGGGGAUUAUAGCAGGAGCUGGUAUUCAAGGACUCAUGAUAUUCACCGGUGGGUUUUUCCGGCUGCCGGAUGAUCUCCCCGAGCCAAUUUGGAAGUACCCUUUAUUCUACAUUUCAUUCCACAAGUAUGCCUACCAAGGAUUAUUCAAAAAUGAGUUUGAAGGGCUAGAAUUUCCUGGUAAUAAUCAAGCAGGAUAA